AUGUCGCAAGCGCCGCGAAAGUUCAGCGACAAGAUCGCGAUGUUGAUGAAUAAGCAGAACGAGGAGGAGGAGCAGUUCAACCGAGUGAUGAAGGAUGUUCGACCGAUCACAGCUUCAACUCCAGGCAAAUCACCCAACUCUACACCUUCUUCCACACCUUACACAUGUUCUCCUACAGGUAGGGGGCUGAUUUUUGCAAUUUUUUUAGGAUUUUAGGUAACAAUUUAUAACAAUACUGCGAUUUUUUAGUAUUUUAGAUGACAAUUUUAAUGAAUUUACGACUCUUUCUGUAUUUUUAGGUACCACAGUAAAUUGUUUAAGGCUUCUCUUAGGGUAGGGAAGACUUGGAUAAAAUUGUCUUUUGAAUUUUAGGUAACAAACUUACCUUAAUAUAGCCUGUAUGAUUAAUAUGAAGAAAAUUAGGUAACAAAUAUAACUUUUUAUGGCCAUUUUAGGUAACAACUUACCUUAAUAUUGCCUUGUAUACCAAAUUUUAGGUAACAACUCUUACUUUUUACGAUUAUUUUAGGUAACAACCUACCUUAACAUCACUCUUUUAGGUAACAAUCCAAACUUCCUUCCAAACACCGAAAGCCCCGACUACCUCCAACUUCACCCCCUAUCAAUGGCAUGGCAACGACAAGGUGGCUCCCUUCCCAACGUCCACGCUAUGCUACAACCAAAUGUGAACCCAAACCUACCUCAACCACCCCCCGAUAUGUAUGGUAACUGGGCCUACUGGCAACAACAACCAUCCACAGCGCAACCGACCGGCUAUGGACAUGUGAGGACAAGGUCGCCGGGAGCACAACAUUAUCAUCCAUAUAGAGCGAAUGCCAAGAGUAAUGAGAGGGUACCACCUUUGGAGAACCAUUUGGUUAACAGUGGUCAGAUGCAUCUUCAGCCACCUGAUCCGAACUGGUCAAAGUAGGUUUUUACCGGUUGAUUUUUGGGUUUUAGGUGUGAAGAUUUGUCAUUAGGUUGUUCAUGUAGUUAUGUGCCUUCUAACAUCGAAAGAGUUGCUGAGAGGGGCACAGAAUUAUUUUAACAACCUAAUGGAAAGAGCCAAAACGGUAACUUAACAAGGGGAGUACCUGAUCUGCCCUACUCAUAAUUAGCUCAAAGUUUUUAUAGAACUCUCUGUCCACUAGUACUACAAGUAAAAAGUUUUAACUUGCGUUUUUAAGUUUCAAAAUUUGAAUAUUUGAAUUCCCGCCAAUUUGGCAAAAUUUGGCAUUGUGUUUCAAGCACUUUUUUUCGACUUUCCAGACACGCUACGCUUACAAAACUAAUAAUAUACGUUCAUUUAAAGAUUUUCUACUAGUAUAUCAAAGAAAAAUGAUUAAAAGUCAAAAAAUUACAAAGUUAUAAGCGUGAAACACAAUCCCAAUUUGGAGGGAAAUUCAAAACGUAAUUUUUUUUAUCUUGAUUUUCUCGAUUUACUGGAAAGCGGGGUUUAGUAACUUGUUGAAGGGCUUUUAUUUACAUAAUUUUUCUAUAUAAAAAGUUUUAAGUCAAUUAGAAAUGGCAGUUAGGGUACUUUCUUUGUAAAGUGACAGCACGAUGCAACCUAAAAACUCUUAUUUUUGUUUAAAAACUGUCAGUUUUAUAGUGUUUUUGGGCAUUUUCAAUUAAUUUCUAGUUUUGUAUAACUUCUUUUUUGAUUUUCUAUGGUUUCAAAAUUAAAAUAUUACCUAAAAAUACAAAAUAUGACCUUUUUUGCUCUAAAAAGUGCUUAUAAUCUACGUCAGCAAGCCCUUAUCAGUAACAUUUGACCCGUUUUUUCUUUAUUUUGAUGCAAAAGCGUUUCAAAAUUUGAGCAAACAUUGUUUUUGAAGACUUCUGGCAAUUUUAUAAUCGUAAACAAUUAGUAAUCUGCAAGGUAUUUUUGAUAAAAAUCGAAAAAAAGUUCAUUUUUUAGCUAAAAAAUUGAAAAAAAUGCAUUUUGUAGCCAACAAAUUGACAUUUAGGUUAAAUUUACUUAUGGUUAAGUUCAGUCAGCGUAUUUUACAUUAUUAAAACUCAUUUGAAAUGACCGGAAUUAAGUUUAAAAGCUACUGGAAGUUAAAUUAAUCAUUGAUACGGCAAUUAAAUCAAUGAAAAUUUCAUUUUUUUAAGUUUUAAGCUUAAAAAUUGGGUGAAAUUCAAUAAAAAACGCUGUUUGCACUCCCUUAAACUAAUGAAAAUUGCCAUUUCCUACCCAAUAAAUCAAUUAAAUCUACCAUUUUCAACAUUUUAAACCACUAAAAACCACUGUUUUUUAGUUCCCGAGCCCGCUCCGACCCCGCCAUCCACAUGAACACGAUGAACUCGAUGCCCUUUUACAACCAGCCGGCUCCGCAAUGGAAGCCCGAGAUGAAUGGGUACGUUGCGAACGGCCAACAGAACGGCAGUCCAAUGCAAAGCCCUCAGAACCCCCUACUCAACCAAAUGGCACCACAGUCCUACUAUGCCCCGGGCAGUACGGGCUCUAUCAACAUGAGUAUGUCACCGCCAGCCUAUCCCAUGCAUUCCUCGCCUCAACAGUCGUGCACGCCCGACCAGGUACCGUGCGGCUCGUUACCGAACAUGCACUCGCCUAUGAUGACGUCGCCGAUGAGUUCACCGAUGGGUAUGUGUCAGUCGCCGGUCCAAUCGCCUCAGGGCAUGAAUCAGCAUCCGAUGCAGGGAAUGGGCACUUCGGCGCAGAUGCAAAAUCAAAUGCAGGGUCAAAAUUCGAUGCAGGGUCAAAAUCAGAUGCAGAACCAAGGCCAAAUGGCUGGCCAGAAUCAGCAUAUGCAAAUGAAUCAAAAUCAGCCUCAAAGCCAGCAUUACCAGGGCCAGAAUCCGCAGAAUCACAUGCAGAAUCAGAAUCCGAAUCAUCAGAUGAGCCAAAAUUCGAAUCUGCAUCAGAAUCCACCCCAAAUUAACCAAAACCAACCCGCCCAAAAUGGGCAUGUAAAUUCACAAAUGAACCCCCAAAUCACCAAGCUUAACAUGAACAACACUAACCACGUUCAUCCACAACACCAGAAGGUUCAACAACAACAGAAGCCGCUACAACAACAGUUCAGCUACGACCAAGUCCAACAUAACAUGAUGAACUACCCCUAUGCCAUGCAGAAUGGCCAACUAGCCACGCCACAAGGUCAGGGGGUUGAGAGCUCGCAAAGUGCACCAACUUCACCAGCACAGUCGUUAGAAAACCCAAUGCAACCUCAUUGGCCACCGACUCGACACUUCAGUGCAUCACCUGACACCAUGGACAUACCUAAUAUCGUGCUGACUGGUGCUGAUGGAACGUUGGAUUGCUUUCAGGUAAAUUUGAAAUUGAUAUUGCUUUAG